CGCGAGCGGUGCGAGUGUGGAGCGCGCACCCCGGGCGAGGCUGACAGAUCGCCCGGGUGGGUGCAAGAUGGCGCAAGCGGCGCUCCCCCUGCGCCCCCCGCGCUCCUGAGCAGGCAUGCGGCCCCAGUCCCCCACCGCCUGGGCUCGGCCCCGGCCGGAGCCCCAGCCCCGGCCCCGGCGCCGGCCCCGCGGGACGCUGUGAGCCGCGAGAGGCCCGGGAGCCGCGCGUCGCCGAGCCGAGCGGACCGAGAGCCCCAUGGCUGUGCAGCGCGCCGCGUCUCCGCGCCGCCCGCCCGCCCUGCGCUGGCCCCGGCUCCUGCUGCCGCUGCUGUUGCUGCUGCUGCCCGCGCCGAGCGAGGGUCUUGGCCACUCUGCCGAACUGGCAUUUGCUGUGGAGCCAAGUGAUGAUGUUGCCAUCCCUGGGCAGCCUAUAGUGCUGGACUGCAGGGUGGAGGGGACCCCUCCAGUGCGAAUCACCUGGAGGAAGAAUGGGGUAGAGCUGCCAGAGAGUACCCACUCCACCUUGCUGGCCAACGGGUCCUUGAUGAUCCGUCACUUCAGGCUGGAGCGGGGAGGCAACCCUUCGGAUGAAGGUGACUAUGAGUGUGUGGCCCAGAACCGCUUUGGGCUGGUGGUCAGCCGGAAGGCUCGCAUCCAAGCUGCAACCAUGUCGGACUUCCACGUGCAUCCCCAGGCCACCGUGGGUGAGGAGGGUGGUGUGGCCCGCUUCCAGUGCCAAAUCCAUGGGCUUCCCAAACCCCUGAUCACUUGGGAGAAGAACAGAGUCCCAAUUGACACGGACAAUGAGAGGUACACAUUGCUGCCCAAGGGGGUCCUGCAGAUCACAGGACUUCGAGCUGAGGACAGUGGCAUCUUCCACUGUGUGGCCUCAAACAUCGCCAGUAUCCGGAUCAGCCACGGGGCCAGGCUCACUGUGUCAGGCUCGGGCUCUGGGGCCUACAAGGAGCCGGCCAUCCUCGUGGGGCCUGAGAACCUCACCCUGACAGUGCACCAGACCGCGGUGCUUGAGUGUGUCGCCACGGGCAACCCGCGCCCCAUUGUGUCCUGGAGCCGCCUGGGUGAGCCUCAUCCCCACAGCCCCUGCGCCUCCCAGCCUGUCCCACCCCCUGGGAGGGCCGGUCUCAGACUCCUCACCCAGCUCCAGGGGAAUUUGGAAUCCUGUUUGUUCUCUGUGGGGGUCUAUUCUAUCCCUGUGACCGGGGAAGAGGAUGGUCGCCCUAUCGGGGUGGAGGGCAUCCAGGUGCUGGGCACGGGAAACCUCAUCAUCUCAGAUGUGACGGUCCAGCACUCUGGAGUCUACGUCUGUGCAGCCAACAGACCUGGCACCCGGGUGAGAAGAACGGCACAGGGCCGGCUGGUGGUGCAAGCCCCAGCUGAGUUUGUGCAGCAUCCCCAGUCCAUCUCCAGGCCAGCUGGGACCACAGCCAUGUUCACCUGCCAAGCCCAGGGUGAGCCACCGCCUCAUGUCACGUGGCUGAAAAAUGGACAGGUGCUGGGGCCAGGAGGCCAUGUCAGGCUCAAGAAUAACAACAGCACACUGACCAUUUCUGGAAUUGGUCCUGAAGAUGAAGCCAUUUACCAGUGUGUGGCCGAGAACAGUGCGGGCUCAUCACAGGCCAGUGCCAGGCUGACCGUACUGUGGGCUGAGGGGCUCCCCGGGCCUCCCCGCAAUGUGCGGGCAGUCUCUGUGUCUUCCACUGAGGUGCGUGUGUCCUGGAGUGAGCCGCUGGCCAACACCAAGGAGAUCAUCGGCUACGUCCUGCACAUCAGGAAGGCUGCUGACCCACCGGAGCUGGAGUAUCAGGAAGCAGUCAGCAAGAGCACCUUUCAGCACCUGGUCAGCGACCUGGAGCCCUCCACAGCCUACAGUUUCUACAUCAAGGCCUACACACCAAGGGGCGCCAGCUCAGCCUCUGUGCCCACCCUAGCCAGCACCCUGGGGGAAGCCCCUGCCCCACCCCCACUGUCAGUGCGAGUCCUGGGCAGCUCUUCCUUGCAGCUGCUGUGGGAGCCUUGGCCCCGGCUGGCCCAGCAUGAGGGCGGCUUCAAGCUGUUUUACCGCCCGGCAAGCAAGACCUCCUUCACCGGCCCCAUCCUGCUGCCUGGAACCGUCUCCUCCUACAACCUCAGCCAGCUCGACCCCGCUGCAGUGUACGAGGUGAAGCUGCUCGCCUACAACCAGCAUGGAGAUGGCAAUGCCACGGUCCGCUUUGUGUCUUUGAGGGGAGCAUCUGAGAGGACAGCCUUGAGCCCACCAUGUGACUGCCGGAAGGAGGAGGCCGCCAACCAGACGUCCACCACAGGCAUCGUCAUCGGCAUCCACAUCGGAGUCACUUGCAUCAUCUUCUGCGUCCUCUUCCUCCUGUUCGGCCAAAGGGGCAGGGUCCUCUUAUGUAAGGAUGUGGAAAACCAGCUGUCCCCUCCGCAGGGUCCCCGGAGCCAGAGGGACCCUGGCAUUCUGGCCCUAAAUGGGGCGAGACGGGGAGAGCGGGGCCAGCUGGGCCGAGACAAGAAACGUGUGGAUAUGAAGGAGCUGGAGCAGCUGUUCCCCCUGGCCGGCGCAGCAGGGCAGCCGGACCCCAGACCCACAGAUCCUGCAGCCCCCGCCCCGUGUGAGGAGACCCAGCUCUCCGUGCUGCCACUUCAGGGGUGCGGCCUGAUGGAGGGGAAGACGACGGAGGCCACGGCCCCCUGCUCAGGCCUGGCGGCUGCCCCACCACCCCCAGAUGGAGGCCCUGGCCUCCUCAGUGAAGGCCAGGCUUCCAGGCCUGCAGUGGCCCAGGUUACCCAGCCAGCUCACUCGGAACAGUAGCCAGUGUCUGGCAGGCUCCAGAGGGUGGCCGGAGCGGGGCCCAUUCUCAGGUCAAAAGCAAGAUUUCUACUGUCAUGUGGGAUUUGGAUGGUCCUGGGGGCUCCCCAGCAUUUCUGUCCUGACUGCCUCUUGGGUUGUCAAAACCCAAGGCAGCCUUGACAGGGACCCCCCUCCCCGCCCCAAUACCCAUCAGGAGUUGGAGCAGUUCCUGCAGGAGCCCGUUCCUUCCCUGGGCUGACGCCCCCUCGCCUCUGCCUGGUACCCACAUGACUUGGAACUGAACUAACAUUUUUCUUUAAAAAGCAAAACUUAUAAUCAAGAAAAAAAGGAGAGAGAUAGAGGAAGGUGAAUUAGACUCCAAAAGAUGACCCUGCUGUAGCUGGGCCCUGACACUGUCACCCUCCACCUACCUUGUUUUCUCAGGAUGGAUUUUUGCUGUUUUGGCUCUCCGCACCUACCUCAGCCGGAAUGAAUGUCCUGGGGGCAGUGGGGCAGUGGCCUCAGCCCCCUUACCCCACAGAGCCCGAAUGCACUCCUACCUCAAGUCCCCUUGAUGGGGACCCCCUGUCCCUUCCCACACUGUUGUCCAGAGUAAAAAAAAAAAAAAAAAAAAAA